AUGGAUUCUCGAUUUAAUUUUCGACAGUUUCGUGCUCAUCGCCGUCUUUCGUCGUCGAUAGUGAGUUUUUGAGACGUUGAGUUUGUGAGUGCUUCAUCAUGGCGACUGAUUGGAUAAUUGCGUUUGAUAAAAGGCCGGAGGAGCGGACCGGUCGAGAUGUGGAGGCGAUCGGGGCCCGGCUGCGCCGGUUGGAGAACCUGAGUCGGAUCCCGGGUUCGGUGGUUCAACAGUUGGCAACGCGCGGCUAUUACGAGGACCUCGAGCCAGACAUAACAAUUUUUCGACAUGGAGAGUCUGGAGUUGGAUGGUACGCUGUGUUAGCUGGAAAUUUGGAAGUGCGUUUAUCUCAGCCCGAACAGACCCCAGUGACGCUAUGUUCACUCAGAGCGGGCGCAACUUUCGGCGAGGAGAUAUUGAAAGACUUAUCAAGAGACUCGGCCGUUGUCACGAAAACGACGUGUGAGCUCCUUAGGAUUCCUUUUCAUGAUUUCCGAAUGAUUUGGGAGAAAAAUAAAGACCUCAUGAUGGACCUGUUAACGAAUUACAAAAUAAAAAAUGGGUUUGGGAGCUAUGUUUCCAAGACUGCUGUUUCACCACCAUCUCCGCCGUCCUCGGGUAUCAGCCAAAUAAGGACCUCGUCACCGGAGAAAACCAACCCAGCAGAUCCCAUCACAGAGACUCCAAGUAUGGCGAUGGCACGUGCGGGAUGGGUUCUCCGCACUCUACUGCUUAACGAGGAAAAAGGCAUCCUGCGCGACCGUAAAACCGGCGGAGUGAUCGCCCGGCGGUGUGCAUCGGGGAGCGACCUGGUAGAUUGGCUCGUGUCCCUGGAUCCGCGAGCCAUCCCCACGCGACAAGUGGCCGUCGGCAUGUGGCAAGCCCUGCUCGAGGAGGGAGUCAUCUCUCACGUGAGUGGCGAGCAUCCCUUCAAAGACAAGUGCAUCCUGUAUCAUUUUUGGCAGGACAGAGAGGGCGCCAUGAACAAACCUACGGUUCAAGAUGUGGCUGAAGCAGAGGAACACCUAGACGAGAGUAUAACAGAACUACUUCAUAGGCAGCCUGACGCUACGUUAAGGAUGAUCUUACGAAAGCAGAGCUUCGAGAGAUCACCCGAGGAGCUAGAAAUGAUUUAUGAGGAACUUCUACACCUAAGAGCUUUAUCGCACCUCUCUCACUCCGUCAAGAGGGAGUUGGCUGCAGUCAUCAAAUUUGAAGCCCAUCCUGUAGCGGGACAAACACUUUUCCGACAAGGCGAAGAUGGCAAAUCAUGGUACAUAAUUUUACAAGGCUCAGUAGACGUUGUCAUUUAUGGCAAAGGAACUGUGACGUCACUACACGCUGGCGAUGACUUCGGGAAAUUGGCACUUGUCAACAAUGUUCCGAGAGCAGCCAGUAUCGUUCUGAGAGAAGACAACUGCCAAUUUCUACGGGUCGACAAGGAGGACUUCAACAGGAUCCUGAAAGAUCUCGAGGCCAACACAGUAAGACUGAAAGAGCACGGCAAAGAUGUUCUCAUACUGGAAAGGAUGUCUACGCCGCAAUCUCACUAUAAGUACACAGUCGUGGCUGGAACUCCACAAAAGAUGCUGGAACAUCUUCUGGAGACCCGGCUUGGUGGUGGAGUAUCUGCAGGCAGCACCAUCGAUCCUUGCCUGGAUGACUUCCUCCUCACGCACAUCGUUUUCUUCCUCACCAGAUCUUUAGUACAAGAACUCAACAAACACUAUCAUGCAGAUUCAGUCACGCAGGAUCGUGACUUUCUAAUGACGUGUCGCAGAAAAGUCGUUCAAUUCGUCUAUCAAUGGGUCGUUACGAUCAGGCAUCCAGUCUUCGAUGACCCAACGUCGCAGAAUUUUAUAGAGGAUUUAGCGGCAACAGUUGAAAGUGAUAGUGGUCAAACCGAGGAAGCCAGUUUAAUGCACAGAGUAAUGUCUUUAUUACGAAGGUAUCAACAAGACACGAGUGUCAUUAAUAAGUGGAAGCUGCCACCUACUGGACAACCUGUCACUUUGUUUUCAGAUCCUGUGGAUGGAAAAAAGUUAUCAAACGUAGCAAUAAGACCAAAUGACGAAAUAAUUUUCCGCGUAUAUUGUGCCGAUCACACGUACUGCACUCUAAGGUUUCCAAUUUCGGCGACUGCGGAGCAAAUAAAAGUGUCGGCUGCUGAGAAACUGGGACUGAAGCAUCAAGCCUCGGACUUGUUACUCGUAGAAGUAACGACAGCUGGAGAGAAAGUGCCUCUACAUGAUAGUAUAGUGUCUGUGCCUACCGCUUUAACUCUUAACGGGCGAUUAUUUAUCUCGCCCAAGGACCACUUAGAUGCAUUGACCUGCGUACCAGAGCAAGAGACGGCAGUGGAAGGAAUGGAGGGUGUUGACAUGGAAUUUUUUAGCACACGGGAGCUGGCUUAUCAUUUGACUAUGUUCGACUGGGAUCUUUUCUGGUGUGUUCAUGAGUAUGAGUUGCUGUAUCACACAUUCGGGAAGCAUAGGUUUCAACAAAUCACUGCGAACUUGGACGUUUUCCUUAGGAGAUUCAAUGAAAUUCAAUAUUGGGUUAUAACAGAAAUCUGUAUGGCCACAAGCAUUAGCAAACGAGUUCAAAUUUUAAGGAAAAUGAUCAAAUUAGCUGCUUACUGUAAGGGUUACCGAAAUUUAAACGCAUUCUUCGCAGUGAUAAUGGGCUUGAGUAAUGUAGCAGUUAGUCGAUUAUCCUUGACUUGGGAAAAAUUACCGUCUAAAUCUAGAAAAUUGUUCACCGAACUAGAAGCGCUCACAGAUCCGGGCAGAAACCACAGAGCUUAUCGCACAGCAGUUGGAAAAUUGCAAUCGCCUUUUAUUCCUUUCAUGCCUCUAAUUCUCAAAGAUAUGGCGUUUGUUCAUGAAGGCAAUAAGACCAUCGUUGAUGGAUUAGUAAAUUUUGAAAAAAUGCACAUGUUGGGUCAAAUAAUGAGGACACUUAGAUAUUGUAGAAAUAGGCAUUUAGUAUUAGAGCCACCGUCUCCGAAGAACGAAAAUGAGGCUGUAGCAUACGUCCGCGGCCUCCGCACACUCAACAAUCAGAGAGCUCUCACUAGCCUUUCAAAUAAACUAGAGCCACGUAGAUCAUAAGUUUGAAACAGCUUCUUCCAUUUAGCUUUAGCGUUUGAACAAUCAGAGUUGGUAAUAUUUUAACGAUUGAUGACAUUAAAAUUCCUCUUUUAGGAUGGUCAUGCCGACUUUCUCUGACUUGUUAAUUUGAAGAGUUUUCAUGGUUGGAAUUUGAGAUCCUUCUGUGAAUCCACACACGAGUAUGUCAUACGGUUUCAUAUUACCUAUAUUGACAGAAACUCUGGAAAUCGAUUACCUUUUCUCCAGUUUUAUUAAAAAGAGCAGUAAAGGGUCAAAUUUUCCGAAUCAAGCUUCCGUCAAAAAGCUUAUCACAAGCUGAAAAAGCGCACAUUUUUGAAAAUUUAUAUUUUAAAAAAAUUGGUGGGUGCUAGAUUUUGGCUUCAGCGAUUAAAAUUGGGUAAGAAUAGAUAGCCCCAUUUGAUACUUGAGAAAAAUUUCCACAAGUUCUUCUAAGUAACUAGAAAAAGAAGUUGCCAGUAAACCUAAGUAACAAUAUUUCACUCAUUCUUUCAUCACAGCAAGUAACUACAAAUAAGUAUGCAAAUAGCAAACAGAACACGUUCAGCACAUUCAAAAAGUUAUUAAAUUUUGGAUCACAUGCAAAAAAUUCAAAAGGUUACAAAGUCGUUUAAUGGAAUUUUUCACAAAUUUUGUCAGCUAUUUUAAUUCUCAUUUUUCAUGAGCGUUUUUUCCAUUCAUAUACAUUUGAAACUUAUUUUCAUCCUUAAAUUUACUAAGUACAUAGCACCUAUGUCUUAUUCAGCUGAGAAAUUUUCUUUUAUUACCAUUAUCAUUCUUCUUCAUUUCCAAAAGAAUGGCUUUAGAAAAGCAACAAAGUAAGCAAAAUAGAUAAUAGGUCAAAGUUCAAGAUUAUGACAAAUUCUGUGUUUCCAGUCUCCUUUCAUGAAUUUUAAAAUAGAUAAUUUGUCUGGCGACCUCUUGCGUUUAUUACCUGAUUAUCAUUAUUCCAGUCGCUUUCUUGUUGCACUUGUUUUUUAACUUAUGUAAACUUAGAGAUCUCUCUUUGAAGGGAAUUCUUUCACCACUUCUUUGUAGCUAACUUGAGUACUGCUCAAUGAAGAAGGUGAUUAAAAGUUCAACUCAUCUUUAUCAAAGAUUCCUUGCUACAUUAGCUACUAUAUUCGUAAAUCACGUAAUGGAUAAGCUAUUAACUACUAGUUCUGGAGCACAGUAUCUCUUGUUAAAUGGAAAAUAUACUAUGCUGACCAAGUUUAUGCACCUGAUAAAGCACACAUCAUGUAUUGUUCAACAGUUUACAAGAUGAAUAAUGCAUGAAUUCUUUAUUGAUAUUCAAUCAUUACAUGCAAUUGCCUUUCCUUUAGGGGUAUCAAAAGGAGUCAACAUUCUAUCGGCGCAGUUGUGUUACUAACCUUAGGAGAAGGUAUACGGGUAAAGUAUGCUGUUUCAAAAAAGAAAUAAUAAAUUAAAAAAUAAAUUGAAAAAGUAGGUUUAAUUUAAGUCUUGGAAGCAGUACAUUUACCAAAGAGACUGCUAGAUUGAGAUUAGCAUAUUUUGAUAACUCUGAUUACUGUUAUUGAAAUAAACCAAUAAUGCCAUCAGACAUGGAAUUGUGGGGGGAAAAAAAGAGAAAAAAAUCGCAUCCACCCCCAGGCCUCCUUAGAAGUCUCUUAAUAAAAUCCUAGCGUCUAAUUUAUUACAAAAUUCAAAAUAUCACAGUGAUCUAAGGUCACCUGAAAAAUCUCCAAUUUCUGCGUCCGACCAAUCAUGAGACGAACUAAAAAUUAUGAGCAAGAAUCUUUCAGUUUAUCACUGUCUCAAGGUCAAACUCUUGGUUUUUACGACUUUAAGAUUGAGAGAGCUAUAAAAUAGAAACUUCAUAGGGCAUGAUUUGAAAGCUUGAAAAUGGGAGACAAAGGGAUGAAAGAGGGAAGAAAGCAGACAGUAGAGAGUGAGUGUGAAAAAAAAAGCACUGACUCACCCUGCAAAUAAUUCUAAAAAUAUCCUCCAUUCAAGCAAGGGGUAGUAAUAGGAGUAAUAAUCCGGCCACUUCCGGAAUCCCGAGAUUUUCCGAUAUUUUACAGUUGAUGAUGUAUGUUAUGCAGAAACAGCUGUGUUUCAGCGAUUCUCUCACUUUUCAGCUUCAAAACUUAGGCUCAAAUUUGGGUCUGAAGGCAAAAAUUCGCGUUUUCUCAAUGUUCCAUAUUAGAUUCCAUGCUGGGCCCAAAGGAUUUGGUGUAUGAGCUUUGGAUAUCAUGUAUAGAACCACUUGAGACGAAAAAUAUGUGAAGAUGGUGAAACGAGUCCUUUUGGACCAGCAUUGAAUCUAAUGUGGGGCACUAAAAACAUACAAUUUUUUGUCUUUGGACCCAAGUCAAGACCUCCACUUCACUAUCCUUCUUUUUUAUUCGUUUCCCGGGAGUCACAAAAAGAGAUUGAUAAAUAAUAGUCAUUGUACAGCCUAUGACGGAUUAUGACAAGCUGAAUGUUUAAGGCAAAAAUUUGAUACUUAAAUGUUUAACUCACCGAAAUCUAAAUAACUGCAUUCAAAGAUAUAUUUUACCACCAUUACUCUGUACAUUUAUACCAAUGCAUUGUGAUAUUAGUUUCUCCUUUUUUCUUGUAACGUUUUAUUUUUUUUCACUUUUCUGAAAGGGUCCAUCUUUUUAAGAAGUUUAAUUUUUGUGUAAAUAUGAAAUUUUAAGGAUUAUAUUCUGUAAAUAUUUAAUGAAAAGGAAUGUUCUAAACAUUGUUUUAAAUUCAUACUUUACAAAUUAAAUAUCAAAUAAAUAUAUUGAAAUACUUGAAA